UUGCCCCUUUCCCUUCUUCUCCACGCUCUUCUUCAACAUAUGCCCAAACACCCAAAAGAAAAAAAAAGGGCUUGCUUUGGAAGGUGUAACUUGGUAAAGUGGACUCCGACAGUAGCGUGUAGUCUUCUGCUACUAUGGCGGCCUAUAUCCCUCCCCAUAAGAGGCAUUCAAGAGGAGGUGGCAGCAGCAGCAGCUCGGCAAUCAACCCGUCUCCAUCUCUGACUCCUGAGUCUUUAUCUCCACACUUCAAACGGGGGUUGAAUCUCAGGUCAUCAUUCUCAGACAAGAAGAAGAACAACAGGGACAGAGGCAAAGGAGGAGGAGGAGGAGGAGGCCAGAAGAUCAUCUACGACCAGAAUGCAGUUUCUAAGUGGUUCCCAGUUGGCUUGGCCGCUUCUUCUGGUGAUGAUACAGAUAAUAAUGAUACUAAUUUCAUGUCCCUGACUCGGCUCCAGCCCAUUUCUGUGGAAUCCUUCCAGAGAAAAUCCGGCGAAAAGCCUCUUUCUUUGGUACUCAAUCAUGAUCGCGUAAAGGAAUGUAGUGAAGAGAGAAGCGUGUUUAUGGAGAACCCCUGGCUGUUUGCAGCUGAAACUGUGAUGCAAGACUUGCUUUCGGCUUUUCAAAGAGUUCAAAAUGAAGUGGAGGAUAAUAAACUUGAAGAAGUCAAGCCAACCCUGGUAGCUCGCUUUGGACAAAUUUUGUUUCAUGGGGGUCAAUCUACUUUGCCAGAAAGCAGUUUAAGACAAUUGAAGAGAUCAUUCUACACAAGUGUUUCUGCGUCAUAUAUGGAAUAUAUAGUCAAUGAUGUUGUCCCAAAGUGUAUGUUUGAUUUUGAGGAGGAAAAGGAGAUAUACCAUAUAAAGCUCUCUGAUAACAUGAAGCCAGACUCAACUAUCUCAUGCAAAUGUACCUUGGCAAAGGAUCGUGAAAAGCUUGAAUUCUACAAGAUUGAGUGGAACCAAGUGCGACAUGUAGUUGUGGAUAUGUCCUGCCUUGACAAGGACCUAGAUCUGAGGCUGAUGCUGUGCACCAAGAGAAUUAUAAAAACUUUAACUGACAAUGAGAUCGAGUGCAUAAAAAGUCUGAUUGGUUCUGCCAUUCUGGACCCAGAAGUAAAGGGUGGUUUAAGAUGGCCCUUGGGAAUGGACUCUUCAGGAGAUAGAUAUGCUGUUGUUGGAGUUUGGCAUGUAAAUGCUAAAUCAUUUAGGAAUUCAUCAAUUAGGCUUAAGGUUCGGCAUGCAGAUCGAUUUGAUUUUAGAACUUCAUCUGGGGAGGUUUCAAGAGAAGUGGCUAUGAAGAUGAAAGGAAUUGUAUCAAAUUUGCCAGAGCAGACAAAGCAAGAUGACCUGUUACAUGAAAUGCUUAGUAGUAACCUGAAGUUGAUAUGGGAAAACUGCUUGUGCUUCUCGUCAAUACCCUGAACCAAGUUUCCUUUCUUCAAAAAUUUUUCAUGUAAAUAUUUUUCUUGGUCAGACCAGGCUGUUAGCAUGGGAAUAGUGAAAGUAUAGCUUGGAGGAAGGAUGGAGGGAAUGUAAGUGAGAGGUCCUGGGUUUGAGAUCUCUCAUCUACACUUAAAAAAAAACAUUUACAGCUUAAGUGUUUAUGUUUGUGAAAUGAAAACUGUAACUAUUUGACA